UGGGAAAGGGGAAAAGGAGCGUGCGGAGUACGGCGGCCGUGUGUAGCGCACCAAUCACCAAUCGGCCAGUCGCCGAGUGACGGUCGGACGGGAUAGUUGUGUGUACAUGAGAAUAAGCAUAUGAACUAACGCCAAAAAUCUCAUAAUCCUUCGGAGCGGUAAAACCUAGAGGUCGCAAACGAUAUUUCGUGAUGGAUUUCGUUGGAACGAUUGGAUUAAGCGAUGAAAAGGAGGCAAUGAGUUUUGAUGAAUAGAUAACGGGAAAGUAUAUGAAAUAGAAAUAGAAAUAGCAUCAUUCGCAACGAUACGGAUGCGGGAGGGAGCGCCGCUCUCGAGAGUCUUUUAUCCUCCCAUGUUUUCGCUUCAUCUCGACGCACAGUCGGUGUUUCCGUUCGUGUUGCCCUAGGCAAAAGGAAAAAGGGUUGCGGAAAACGAGAAGGGAUAAUCCAACGAAAUGGACGUGGCGCACGAUGCUUACCGGUGAAAAUACUAAGACGUACGGAGAUGGUGACGGCUCGCGUCUCGUCUAUCGAGCAGGGGGAACAAAUCAAUCGACGCUUUUGAUACAAGUGCGUUAGAUAUCUCGUCGUAUCGGGAUAACGCGUGUCCAAGUCUGGCGAACGUCUGACGCGCCAAACGCUCGUGUGUGUGUGCGCGCGCGCGCGCGCGCGCGUAUGAGCGUUUCAUGUGUGUACUAUCGUGUGUGCGGGCAUCGGUGAGCCGGUCAAGUGAGAGAGGGAAAUAUGUUGGGAGAGGUUUAGCCGUCCGACGAGUUGUACCAGCGUAAUCGGCUAGCCUCGGGAAAUUAUUUCUAGCCAAAUAAUUGAAACGCGUUUACAUUUUAUUCCAUCUUCGAUACAUCAAUUAUCCUACGGAGAUCCCACGCCAUAUAUAAACUCCCUCCUGCAAUUGUCGCGUUCAAUAUUUUUCCGAAGCUUGAGCAGAAAUUGUGUCUCUCGGAUUUUCCCGUGUCGUCACCCGCUUGCCGAAAGGUCCUCGUGGGAUUCGCUCUCCGAGGGGCCAGCCAUCGUCCUGACUUCGAGCACCAGGUUAACUCGCUCGCUUACCUGUCGAGAGAGAUUUUCACCUGCCGAUUUUCAUGAUCGCCAAACGCGACUAGUCACCCUGAAAUACAAAGUGUCAACGUCUUUGGCUCUUGUCCCUCUCUCAAAAGCUCCGACACUGAGCGAACAACAAAAUCGUACGAGUGUUGAGAAAUGGCGGACAUUAUUCUUCGGCCGUUGAUCUGAAAAUUUGACUCGAGCUUUCGUAAAUCUUCUAUAAUUUCGCUUGUUGCCAAAAAAUACUGGUACAAUCGAACAAAGAACAACCUCCAGGAAUACGACGGACAAGGAUUUGAAAAAGUACUUUCAAGUGAAGCAAAAGUUGACGUGAACGAGCCGGACCGACGUUACACCGUUCGGGAGCUUUUCGAAUUCGAAAUAAUAAAUAAUUCCGUCAGAGAUGUUUCUCCCAAACGAGAACGAGUGGGACGCUCGUUGCAUCGAAGCGUCUCGGUCGUCGCAACUGAAUUAUGAUUAUUCUCUCAAAUGAUGUUCCGCUUAAACUCUUCAAGUUCAUAAUUCCCUAUAAAGUGCGCGAAUCGACGAGAAGAAAGAGCAAGAGAAAGAUAAUAAUAAGAAACGUGCGUGAUAAUGAGGAACAACUCGUCGAGCAAGUUUUCGUGCUACGAGAUUCGCGUAGGGGUGAAAAGCGCGGCGAACCCGCUCCGACGUUCGAUUGAUAACAAAAGUGAAAAGUGAACGUCUCGCGCGUGUUUAGAAAAGCCGGAAAAAAGGUGUGGAACGGCGUGGUUGUUGCGCGCGCUAGCGCGUUCAAGAAAGAAACAUAAGCGGCGAGGAGGGGCAGGGCGAGCGACUCGGUGGGGCGUGCGGGUCGAGGGGUUGGGCGCUCAGGGGGCCGGGGGCGAAAGUACAAAAGGUGAAAUAAAUAAAAAGAGGUGCACGCAGGAAACCGGAAGUGAAAAUAAUUCGACGAGGAGCGCAGCCGUGAUGGCUUGUCCAUGGAUUUUGAAAAUUUCACGUACCGUAACGAUUCGUCGACAUUUUAAUCGUGUACGAAAUAGCACUAUUCUCAAUUCUCGCGAUUGAAAUAACGGUGAAAAAAAAUUUCAAAUGGGAAUAAUAACGCGAGAUUUUUGUGUAUGAAUUUGACUUUUAAUAGAUUUGAUUGAAGAGUAGAAGGAAUGAAUUAGAUAAAAAGAAGGGAAGAACGAGAGCGGGGCUGGAAGAAAUUAUGUGACUUGUAUUCACAGCGGAGGAUUGUUGCGCCGGUGGCGCGGCGGUGGCGGGACCCAUGGGAAGUUAACGGUUAGCGGUGACAAAGGAAGAUUUGGAAACAAAUAGUAGAUAUAUAAGAACGUAUGACGAAAACGGGAUUGAGUGUAAAAAAGGAAGGAGGAACUAUGCUGAAGUUUUUAACCCACAAGCUAAGGACUCACUCGCUCAACGAGGAUCCGGAUCAAGAAAAGGCGGACGACGAUCAUGAUUCGGGGACCGAGUCGGACGACGAGUUUCAAGAUGACGCUGAGAUCGCGGACCAACUCUCGAAUCCGAUCGAAAUACCUGAAAGUGGAGGUCAAACCGAUAGCGCAGUACCAUCGGACACGGAUUUCGGAGCUCCACCGCCGCCCCCAUCAUUUGGUUUUACGAGCUGCACCAGCGGGGGAGGACAACUGGAGGAUGAGCUCGGGAAAGGUGUUGAGGUUAAUACGAGGGAAGAACCGACGCAAGUCCAGCUAGCGGUGCAACCGCGAGACCAAGACAUUCCCCAUCAUCAUCAUUAUCCCCACCACCACCACCACCACCAUCAUCACCAUCAUCACCAUCACCACCAUCAUCAUCAUCAAGGAGCCUCGAAUUAUGGGAAUGAUCAGCACAGCUCGGAGGAAGAAUUAGAAGUGAUAAAUAAUUCUAAAAUCGUCGCUUCUCAAGGCUGCAGAUCCGCGACUGCUCCUGAAAAAAGAAAGUGGUCCGAAGUCGGUUCUAGCGGACCUCAGGCUCAUUGCAGCAGAGGAAUUCAGGCUGAACAACAACAGCAACAACAACAGCCACAGCAGCAACAACAACAACAGCAACCGGGACAGAAACAACAGCAGCAGCACCAACAGAAGCAACAACAGUCUGCACUCGGUGGUGGUGAUCCAGGUACGGUUUCAACUUCCUGUUCGGCACCGGUCAGUAGAGCUGGGAGAGAAACCGCUGGUUCUGGCUCCAGUGACGAAGAGCUGCAGGGGUUACUCGGCGGGCGUAGCGGAAGUGGAAACGUGCUUUCUCAACCCGUACAAUUUCGUACUUCACCGCCGGUGAACGCACACAAACCGGGACGUUCGCUGUCACCACCCCCAAAAUUAUUUCACGCAUCGUCGAGGGACCCGAGGGCCUUGCCGAGGCCAAGGUCCAGGCCCAGGCCUCAUCCUCAUCUCCACACCCACCUCGACCAUCCUCAUCAUCACCACCAUCAUCACCAUCACCGUCAUCCCGGUGAAACCGACGUGGAUUCCCUUAGCGCUUGCAGUCCUAGGAAACGACACAGGCCACCGCAUCGACAGCCCCGACCUUGCCUCGACUUUGAAAAAAUGCAGCAGUUGAAGGCACGAGCAGUGAAGACUUGGAGGCACGGUGGCGAGCACGGGAACGAGCUCUCGGUGUUCUGUUGGUAAGGACGAAGAGCCGUGAAACGGGGACCGUUCGUCUUGAACGAUUUUUGGAGCAUCGGAGAAAUCGUGGUUGCUUCGUUAGGAUGAUUCGAGGCUAAGUCGUCGGAGGAAAAAUCGCAAAUGCGAGCCAGAGCGAAGCACCGACUUGAAUUAUCGAAGCUCGGUAAAGAGCGAAGCGACGAAACUAAAACUGCGAAACCGAAAUGCAUGCACAUGUACAUAAAAAGACGGACAAAUCCGGUGCAUUUUCUAUCGUUUGCAACGUCUUGACAGCAGAAACCUGUCCGGGAGGGUCGUAAAGAAGAGGCACAGCCGCGACCAAUUAUUUCAGGCUCGAAGUGACAAAUGGAAUACGCGCAUCAACGAUUCUCACGUGUAACGAAUGAAAAUACUAUUUCGAUUCGAUGAUAUGGAACAGAGACUCGGCAAUGAUUGAGUCGAAUAAAAAUAAAGGGCACAGAGGGUGCCUCGGGUCAUCCGGACGAGGUUCACCGUCGUGUGCAUUCCUUUUUUCCAAAAGCGAGAGGAAACUGGAGGCUCUGAAACAAAAAUUGGGAGAAGAUAAAUGCGUAGGACGCGAUUUUUUUCGAGGGCUCUCCGCCAAUUGUACAUAAAAAAUGUAAACGUGCAAGCGCGAGCACGUACGUGCCCACGCGGAAAUGUGAGCAAUUGUGUAAAGUUUAAACGUACGAGUCAUCGUGUGUUAAUACGGUUAUGAUGUAUGCGUGUACUCAUAUUUAUAUAUAUAAUUAACAUAAUGAAAAAGCGUACCGCUGAUGUACGUAUGCGAACGUCGAAGGUCGGGAAACGAAUUGUAGACGGCGUCAAGUUUUCCGAAUUGUGAGGGAGUUAAAUUUUGUGAUGCCCCAUAUCUCGCCUGUCAUUCCAAUGAUUUCUCCUCCGCUCUUCAAAUUUUAAUGGUCCCUUGUAUUCGGUGAAAAGCUCGUCCGAUGAUGUCACAAAUGAAUUUUCUGCAACAUUCACGUCUGGCACAAAUAAUGAACGAAUUAUUUGAAAGAAAGAAAUUACUUUUCAUCAUUUUUUCAAUAAAACGCCUAAAAAUAGAUUAGUUCAAUACGAAUACGCUGCGACAUACGAUCAUUCUUUCGCUCUCGUUGUUUCCUCGCCAAUAGAAAGUUUGACAAAAAUUCGGCUAGCUGCGAUCUUUCGUGCAUCGUGAAUGAUCUCUAGAGGGAAAGUAAUCCUGGCGUUUGUGCUCGUGACCAACCGCUCGUACGUUCUUCGUCCGCGACGAGCACUCGUGCAAUAAGAAAGCCAGAGGAUUUCACCUGCCAAAUAUAAAAAUGCGAUAAAGCAGGAAUUUCAAAAUCCCAAUUAGUAUGAUCGGUGCAGCGCACGCGCGCACGUCCCCGCCGAAUGAGAGGACGCGUACACCGCGACGCAGAAACCGCGAAGAAUUGUAGCUGCGCAAACGAGGAUGAACAAAAGAGAAUCAAAUCGUCACUUCCUGAUCGUUCCACUCGCAUUUCCGCCACCCAAAACUUCCAUCGAUCUUCGUGGGAGCGAGUCUUUCAAAGUCAAUAAGGCAAGCUGAAAAUAUCCACGAAAUGCAUUACGACGUAUGAAAUACGAAUAAGCACAACUUUACUGCUCUUACGGAGGGCUCAACGAAAAAAAAUCGAGAAAACAAUAAAAAUAUGAUAAAGAAAUGGCGAUUACUCGCAGCAGAUUACGCGCGUCUGUCAACUAUGUGAACGCAACGUGCGGGAGGGAAAGAAAAGUGCACGAGAGCAGAGCGAGAACCAGAAAAAUGAGAAUCAUCAACAAAAUACAUUUUAUUGGAGUAGGCAUUUUUCCGCGAAAGAAAAUAAAAAACCAACAACAAUAUUUAAAAACGAUCUUGUAUAAUUAUUGUCGAAUCAUCAUCGUGUAUAAUAUAUUAUUUUAAUAUACCGCUACAGCUAUCGUUUAUCAGUUAUACGUAACUGAUAAACGGGAAAUAGUAAUAAUAAUAAAAUUGAGAGAUCGGCCAACCGCUCGCGGGGAAAGGUGGUGCAAAUUUACGAAGAAAAUUCUUCAUCUCGACAUGCGGCGGCCGAAGAGGAGACUUUUCCAUUUUCAUUCUCCAUAUGGGGAAGAACCGUAAUAUUAUUUAUGCGGAUGAUGAUGAUGAUAGUAAUAAUCAUAAUAAAUAGCCGAAAGUGUAAUCUUAUUUGGCCGCAGGUGCGAGGCAAUAGAUUUUAAGACUUAUGACUUUUGAAUUAAGACGAACAAGUGUAAUGGAGAGUUUGAGGAUUAUAGGAAUGCGGUAAACCUAUCGCGACGCGAAUUUGUAACUAUAUUGUAUGAAAAAGCGACAAAAUGAUAAAAAAAUCAAUCUUGCCGAAGCGUU